ACAGCACUAUUUGAUGAUGAUGAUGAAAUUAAAGGUCAAUAUAGAAAAUUAAAGAUAGAGAGAGAGAGAUGGAAAUAGAAACCAAACACACACACACAUAUAGUAUAAUAAUAUAUAUCAUUUCAGUAUAGUAGUAUAGUGUUUGGGUGUUGGGAAAAUAGAAAAGAAAAUAUACAUAUAAUAGCUAGGUUAAUCUAGGGCUAUAGAUCAGAGAGAGGAGUUGCCAUGGGAAGGCCUCCUUGUUGUGAUAAGGUUGGCAUUAAGAAAGGUCCAUGGACCCCUGAAGAAGACAUCAUUCUUGUUUCUUACAUCCAAGAACAUGGUCCUGGAAAUUGGAGAUCAGUUCCCACCAACACAGGUUUGAUGAGAUGUAGUAAGAGUUGUAGACUUAGAUGGACAAAUUAUCUGAGACCAGGAAUCAAGAGAGGGAAUUUCACUCCUCAUGAAGAAGGAAUGAUUAUUCAUUUGCAAGCUUUAUUGGGUAACAAAUGGGCAUCCAUAGCUUCAUACCUACCACAAAGAACAGAUAAUGAUAUAAAGAAUUAUUGGAACACUCAUUUGAAGAAGAAGCUCAAGAAGUUUCACUCAGCUUUGGAACCUAAUAAUGAUAUUAAUAUGUCUCAUGAUCACUCAACAACAACAUCAUCAUCUCAUCGCUUUCUAUCUAACAAAACUCCCCCUCCUCCUCCGCCUCCACCUCCUCCAACUACUUCCACGAGUCAUGGUGGUGGGAGUAGUGGUGGAGGAGGUGGGGGUGGGAGCGGGAGCGGGAGCGGGAGAGGGUCAUCAGAUAAUAAUCUGAGCCUGAAGCAAUCCUCAUCAUCAUCUUCUUCUACAAUUUAUGCUUCUAGUACCGAGAACAUAUCUCGUUUACUAGAAGGUUGGAUGAGAUCUUCUCCAAAAAGUACUAAUAACAACAAUAGCAUAUUAGUACCUCCAAGCAACAACGGGAUAAAAACCGAGCAACAGGUACUACUAACAAAUGGUGGUGGAGGUGGUGGCGGCAGUGGUGAUUUGGUAUCUCAUGAAGAGUUCGAGUCUAUUUUGUCAUUUGAAAAUAAUGUGAAUAAUAUUAUUAUUAGUAAUAAUAAUAAUAAUAUUUCUUCGUGGGACCGAUCUUCAACAACUCAUAUGGAUCAUAAUCAUGAUUACCAUGAUUAUGAUCACGAUCGAAAAGAAAAGAUUAAUCAUAAUCACGAUCAUAAUCAUGAUCAUGAUGAUGAUCAUAAUAAUAAUCAUAAUAAUAAGCCUCCAUUGUCUUUUCUUGAGAAAUGGCUAUUGGAUGAAACAAGUACAACUAGUAAUGCUACAACGGCUAGUCAAGUGGAGGAGUUGAUGGAGUUGUCUCCUAUAUUGUUCUAACCCUAGCUAAUUAUAUUAAUUAUAAUUAAUACUAUAUCUAUUUAUAUAUAUUUAUAUAUAUGUUUGUAUUUUCAUGGUGGUGACAAUAAGUGUACACAGCUUCUUUUUAGAGAAAAUUAAUGAAAAGAUUAAUAAAAGGAAGCUGUGGCCCUUGUUGAAUUAAUUAGGGUUUUCUCAAUAAUUAAUUUUCAUAAUUGCAGAUAUUAUAUAUGCUUUUGUUUGAGAUUUCAAGAAGUUGGAAUCUUUUCACUUUUUUUCAUUAUUAUUGUAACCUCUUGUAUUAAUAGUUGGGUUAAUUAAUUUCAUCUAAUUAAGCUAAUUUCUUUCUUU